GUUACGUCAUAAAGGCAGGACUACUGACGAGGCGUUUCUGGAGAAGUGUUUUCUGUCGGAGAGAAGAAUUGGUCUCCUAUUUACUUAAACUUUGCCUAAAAAAAUGUGACAGAAGAAAUAGUACAUGUUGAUCGAUAAUUAUCAAUAUCAACCAAUACGAAGAUUGAUCGAUUGUGUCUGACAAGGUCAAGCAGCUCUCUGUAGCUUCGGAUACAUCACCUAUUCAACAUGGAUUUUAAAAUAACUUUAUCAGAAGGGCUCAGCUCUGUGCUGAGGGUGCUGCUCCUGUCAAAGGUUGUUGGAACAGACGUCAGCACUGCCCAGCUGGAGAUGGUGCGGACCAUUAGCAACCCUCCAAAUGUAUCAUACCGGCGGUGUCCGGCAGAGGACCUGCCGUUUGCUUCUGGUGAGGUGGAUCUGGUGACAGCCAUGACGGCGGCUCACUGGUUCGACCGCAAGAAGUUCCUCCUGGAAGCUGACAGGGUGCUGAGGCCCGGAGGCUGCCUGGCUCUGCUGAACUGCAGCCCAUUAAUGAUUAAGCUGAAGUACGGGGAUGUCUCCAACACGCUCAGUGACAUCUGUCAGGAGUUUUACGAUGCCCUGUCUCCAUUCUUCAGUCCACAUUUAGGACUUUCGUUGACUAGAAACCGAGUGAAGAUCUACAAAGACAUAUAUAACUCCUGCUCAUACCUGGAGAAAGAGUGGCAUGAGUGUUUCCCAGUAGAAAGGAUUGUGCCACUGACUGGAUACACUGGCAUAGUAAAGACCUCCCACUGUUACAUGAGACUACUAGAAGCCGACGCCGCUGAGGCUGAACGUCUGUUUAAUGAACUCCAGUACAGGUUGCUGUCUGCCAUGAGGACGUCAUCUCCUGACACAGAGGUUACGAUGAUUUUUCCGUGUCACUAUCUGCUGGCACACAAGCCUCUGUGAUUCUGCCUGGCUGAUUGUGACUCCUGUUAACAACCCAAUGGGUCACUGUAACCCUUUUUCAACAGCUGUACGUCUACUGGCUGUCAGUCACAACAGCUUCUGGUUUUUGAUAUGUGAUGAGAUGUCUAAAUAAACCAUACACUAGUGGAA